AGCUGGUCUGAGGGUCUGAAAGCAGAACUGAGCCUAGCUGGGACCGCACCCCAGGACGGCCUGGAUUCCUCCAGAGGGUCCCAGCAGCAUCCACACAGCCAUGCACUGCCCAGCCGUGCUCCUUCUUCUCCUGCCUGGUGGGGCUGAGGCCUUUCGCAUCUGUGCCUUCAAUGCCCAGCGGCUGACGCUUUCCAAGGCAGCCAGAGAGCAUGUGAUGGACACCUUCGUUCGGAUCCUGGCUCGCUGCGACAUCAUGGUGCUGCAGGAGGUGGUGGACGCUUCUGACAGUGCUAUGUCCCUCCUGCUUCGAGAACUCAAUCGAUUUGAUGACUCCGGGUCCUACAGGUUCUUGAGCAGCCCCUCUCUGGGGCGCAGCACAUACAUGGAGAAGUACGUGUACGUCUACCGGUCACACAAGACACAGGUCCUGGAUUCCUACGUGUACGAGGACACGGAUGAUCUAUUUGCCCGGGAGCCCUUUGUGGCCCAGUUCACUUUUCCCAGCAAGGUCCUUCACAGUCUGGUGCUGGUCCCACUGCACACCACUCCGAAGGCCGUAGAGCAAGAGCUGAAUGCCCUGUACAACGUGUUUCUGGAUGUCUCCCAGCGCUGGAAGAGCAGGGACAUGAUCCUGCUUGGGGACUUCAAUGCUGAUUGUGCCUCCCUGACCAAAAAGCGCCUGGGUGAGCUGGUGCUGCGGACUCAGGCGGGCUUCCACUGGGCGAUUGACGACGACGAGGACACCACAGUGCGGGCCAGCACCCACUGCGCUUAUGACCGCAUAGUGCUGCAUGGGGAUCGCUGCCAGAGCCUGCUACGCUCUGCGGCUGCCUUCAACUUCCCCAGGAGCUUCCAACUCACCGAGGAGGAGGCCCUAAACAUCAGCGACCAUUACCCUGUGGAAGCGGAGCUGAACCAGGCGGCACCCAGGGUCCAGCCUCUUGGCCUGGCUGUUCUGUUCCUGCUACUCCUGCUCCCCCCGCUGGGCCUGGUGGCCUGAACCAGCCCCGAGCCUGCUGCCCACAGAUGUGAGGACUGUGCUGCUUUCAGGACUCAAAUCCUGCUCUCUCCAGUGUGCUCCCCGACUGCUCUGGAGCCGGAGAGACUCCUGAGAGGCUUCAACUGCAGCCCUCCUGCAUCUGAUGAUAGCUCUACCCCACUGGACUGCAACCCUUCUCCAUCUGCCUUUUCUUUGGUUUGGCUUGUGUUCUUUGGUUGGGCCCCUGCCUGGCAUUAGAAUGUAGAGGGAGGCAGGGGCCCUGAGGCUAGACCCAUGCCACUCUGCCCCCAGCUAGUGUCAAGAGUGGGGAUAGAGCAGGCUCCAGGGCUGGGGAAGAAAAGGGGGCUCAGGUGAUUUUGGCUCAACUGCAGGGCUCAGAAAAGGGAAUCACAGCAGACCAAAGGUUUUAUUAUAGGACAAAAGGAAACUUAAACGCUGAGAACAAAAGCUAAAUUGAGGGGUAUUACGUACAUGGAGCAGAUGUGCCAGAGGGCCAUUUUUAUUGCACACAGGAUCCGUAUGAAUCAAUAUUAAGAUUCUAGCAGACACAAGGAUUGAUAAGCAGUUUACACACACACAGUAACUAGCAAACAGAAAAUGUUUAAGCUUGUUGUAAUCCCAUAAAUGAAAAUAGCUUCAAACAGC